UAAAAAGCUGAUCCUUAUUGUUCUUCCGAGAAAAGUGAUAAUUGCUCAAUGUUGUGGGAUUUUUUUUACCGGAAAAUACGACAAACACAAACCAACUUAAGAUGAAAAAAUCAACAGAGAUGCGCAUUGAAGCCACUGACGAAGUAUUGGUAACAAAUAAUAAUACCAUUGAAAAAGUGAAAAUUCCAACUGAUGAGGGGAUCGCAACAUCGGACGGAUCCUCCGCGGAGAACGAAAUUUCAACUGGCGUGUCGGAAAAGCCGCAAAAGCAACGCCGUCGGCAGUGCGAUUUUUGUGGCAAAGAGUUCAAUGCCAGCACGGACCUGUCACGGCACCGACGAAUUCACACCGGGGAGAAACCGCACAAGUGUACCAUCUGUGGGAAGGCUUUCAUCGCUUGCAACCAGCUAGCGCGCCACCUUCGCAUCCACACCGGAGAGCGGCCGCAUGAGUGCGAUGUCUGCGGCGGACGAUUCAUUUGUGGAGGCGAUCUGAACAAGCACAAGCGAACACACUCCGGUGCGAAACCGUACGGUUGCGACAUUUGUGGCCAUUUGUUCAAUCAGCGAAACCAUCUGCUGUCCCACCGGAACAUCCACACCGGUGAUCGACCAUUCGAGUGCGACAUUUGUGGCACUAAAUUCACGGAAAAUAGGCGAUUGACCGUGCACAAGCUGACGCAUACUACCGAACGCUUCCACGAGUGCGACAUUUGCUCCAAACGGUUUGUGUCGAAAAAUGCCGUCAAGCGACACAUGCGAGUUCUUAUGAGUUUUCAACCGCUCGGCCCGGGUGAAUCGUUUGCCACAGAAGCCGCAGGCGUGCCGCUGCUCACCGGUGUGGAUUCGCUUGUGCCGAUUCAGGUGAGUUUGCUUGGCAAAUGCGCGACUGCAAACGGCGCAGACGUGCGGCCGUUCACCGGUGUGCACACGCCGGUGUUCGAUCAUAUUGAUUUUCUGCGUAAAAGUCUUACCGCAAAUGUCGCACUGGUGCCGACGUUCGCCCGUGUGCACGAACCGAUGGCGGCUCUUCAUACUGGAUGUGGCAAAUUUGCGGCCGCAAAUGUCGCACUGGUGCCGACGUUCGCCCCUCUGCUUCGACAUUCGAAAGUUUCGAAGAAUCGAAAGAAUCGGAAGAAUCGCAAAUGUCGCAAAUCGAACGAGGAAUGCCCGGAAUGCCAAAUAUUUCGAAAAAUGCUAUCGCCAUCGGUACUGCUUGAAAAUCUUGACUGGACAUACAGCUCGGAGCUGAAACCUAAAAUGGAUACCCCCGACUGCAUUAAACUAGAACCUCUUCCUAACGACAUCGAGGUAGAGGUGGAUAUAAAGGUUGACGAGGGAAGCACUAGCAAGGCAGCUGAGAGCCUUCAGCAGGAGAUUCGGUUCGAGUGCAACGUUUGCGGCAAGGAAGUGAAGAAUCUGCGAAGGCACAAACGGACCCACACGGACAAACGACGUUAUCAGUGCGAGCUUUGUGGCAAGGUCGUUAAAAAUAUACAUGUACACAUGCUGAAUCAUAAGGACAUCGAGCGUCGGUUUGAAUGUGAAUUUUGUGACAAAAAGUUUACCAAGAAGAGUCAUAUCGAUCGACACCGAGAAAUUCAUACCGGAAAUCGGCCACACAAGUGUGGAAUGUGUGGACUGGCAUUCAUUACCAACAGUGACCUGGCGCAGCACGAGCGAAUACAUACUCGGGAACGGGCGCAUCCCUGCGAUAUUUGCGGAAGAGACUUCAUUCGUAUCAGUGAUCUGCGGCAUCACAGACGAAUUCAUACCGGCGAACGACCGUACAGUUGUACGGUGUGCGGCGAGGACUUCUAUCGCAAUAAUCAUCUGAAGCGACAUCAAAAGAAGCACGAGCGAUUGGAACCGCCGGCAAAACGCGGCCGUAAGAAAAGGGAUAUAUCGGAAUACAUGUCAAAGGAAGCUUACGAAUUAUACAAAUUGGCAAAUCAACUGAGCAACAACGAGGCCUGCCUUCCGGCCCAGGCGAAUGUAUAAUGGAAUCGGCCAAAGCUGUCGUCUGUAGUCUAACAUCUUAGGUCGGUUAUUUAAUUCAAACGAGACAUACAUGAAAUAGGGUAGAUGGACCAAAGAUGGAUGGAUAUAUAUGUCAUCAAUGUAGACAAAUUAAUAUAUAAAUAUCAAAAUAGCGAAAAACGCAUAAUUUGCCCAAGUUCUACGGUUGAACGUUUUCCGUAUUUUACGUAUUAUUUGUCAUACCAAUACGGAAUGAUUUCAGACAUUUAAAAUGGGUAAGAAAAAUACAUCACGAUAAUAGGUACAUUCUUACGAAUUUGUGGUAAUAAAGCAGUUUAAAAUUUU